AUGUUUAAAUUUCUUUUAAUUUCCGCCUUCUUCGGAGUAAUUGCAGCCGAAUCGGCGAAGUUCAUACCUUGUGAUGGAUCGCCACCAUGCUCCAUCUCAGAAGUGCGGAUACACCCUUGCACCCACCCUGACCAGUGCAAGUUGAAGAAAGGGAACACCUACUCCUUAUCAUACGACUUUAAGCCUGACUUCUCAGCCGACAAAGCGAAGACUGGUUUCUUCUGGGCAAAGACAGAUACUGAAGAUAUACCAUUCCCUGAUAUGUACAAUGCUGAUGCUUGCCAAUACACGGCCUGCCCUAUCGUCGCCAACAAACUACAGACAUUUGACUACAGCCUGCGACUCUCAAAGAAAUUGCCUAGCGGCCAGUACGUUUUCAAACUGAAGCUUUGGGAUGAAAAUGACGAGUCCAAGAAUUGCUGCUUCAAGACAAACAUUGAACUCAGAAGGAAAUAA